UAUGCUCUCCUCUCUCCUUCUCCCUUUGAAACAGUUAAAUAUUUCAUCUUUGAAUAGUUACUUGUAAAGACUCCUCCUUUGGGUUUUCUAUUGCAGGGAUUAAGAAGAAGAAUGAAGAUAAAAUUUCGUCCAGCUUUGAGAAAAUACUUUGCAUGGAACGAGGCUCAAAGCGAGAAACCAGCCCACGUGGAAUUGGACCUCCGAGAGGAGUAUGCCCAUGCCUUUAGAACCGAAUCCUACGCUGACUUCUGGACACGUGUUCUUGCUUUAGGUGAAAAAAUUUCUUCACCUACCAAAAUUGUCGGGUCAACUUCAGCUGCUAGGCUUCCCUCUUACCGGAUUUUCGUGGAGCAUCUUUUGGAUCCGGAUCAACCAACAGUUACUCGGAUCCUGGCUUUGAUCCAAACCCACCCACAAACUUACUCUCUACUAUCCGAGUAUUUUUCACAAACUGCUGAAGCCUCAUUACUCUGCAGUGUAUUGCUAAAAAAAGUAGAAAGUACACGAUCCAAAUAUAAAUCACUUAAAUUCACCUUAGACUCUCUCCAGAAAACACCAUAUUCGCAUGUGGACCCCAUGCCCAAGCUCCUGACCCGGUUAACUAAAUUCUGUAACUCUCUUAACCCAUUUGUUUCAUCUGCAUCUUCAUCGAUUCAAUUUCAAGCCGUUCAAACUGAUUGUUCUCGAUUGUUAAAACGACUUGAGCUUAGGCGAGACAAGACCAGAGCCAAACUACGACUAAUGAACAAACUCAAACGCGGCUCAGCCGUAUUUCUUGUAGCUUUAACAGUCUCGCUUACAAUAAUUGUCGCCACACAUGCACUUGCCUUGCUAGUAGCGGCUCCUAUUGUAAUGGCAGCUUCAUUCCAGUUCGCGUCGACUAAGAAGCUGGCAAGCUGGUCAGCUCAGCUUGACAUAGCUGCAAAAGGGACCUAUAUAUUAAUUAGAGACUUGGAUACUAUAAGCCGGCUAGUGGGUCGGCUAACUGAUGAAUUAGAAGAUUUACAAGCCAUAGUUCGAUUUUGGCUAGAGCGAGGUGGAGAUCCUGUUCAGCUUCAACUUCAAGCCAGUGGGGAAGUGGCGCGCCAGCUAAAGAAGAAUUAUGCAAGCUUUGUGGAGCAAUUGGAUGAAUUAGAAGAACAUUUGUACUUGUGCUUCAUGACCAUCAAUAGGGCUAGAAACCUUGUGAUUACAGAAAUUAUGAAUUCGGGUCACCCGAAUUCAGCCCCAUAUUUGUUACCCAAAGAAUAGCUGUUGGCAAUUUAAUUUCGUGUAGUUUUCAUUUUGAAAAAAAAAAAAAAUUGCCAUUAUGUAAAUAUUUCAUUUUUCCAUUCAAAGAAUAUUUAAAAAAAAAAUCUUUUUAAGGAAAGAAAAAGGGCUUGUUUAUGCCAUUAUUAGUGAUAUGGCAUUUAGGGCAUAGACAGUAGUUGAUGCAAGGAAAUUUAUGACUGGCAAAUUUUAAUAUUGGCACCGUAGUGCAAAAGCUUCACAUGGUAUUAUUCUAUUA